AUGUCUUACGUCACUGUUAAAGGACCAACUGGUUAUGGACUCAUGUCUUUAACUUGGAGACCUACCCCAUUGAGUCAACAGCAAUGCUUUGACGUCAUCAAUUAUGCACUUGAUCAAGGUGUUACUUUCUUCAACUCCGGAGAAUUUUAUGGAAACAAUGAUGAUAAAGUUGCUGGUUUGAAGUUAUUGAAAGCUUAUUUCGAAAAGUAUCCUGAAAAUAGAGCCAGAAUGACCAUCUGUGUUAAAGGCUCGUGUCGUUUGGAUACCAUGAUGCCUGACAAUUCUAAGGAAUACUUAGUCGAAUCGGUGGAAAACAUCUGCUCUUUCUUCCCCGAUGGUAAACUCGAUCUUUUUGAACCUGCCAGAUUGGAUUUGGUUCAUCCAAUUGAGGAAACUAUUACGAAUUUGGUUUCUUUAGUUAAUUCAGGUAAAAUUGGAGGUAUUGCGUUGUCUGAAGUUAGUGCAGACUCUAUUAGAAGAGCCUAUAAGGUUUUUCCUCAUAUCAGUUAUGUUGAGGAAGAGUUCUCAAUGAUGAGCACUACCAUUCUUCACGAUGGAGUCAAUGACGCAUGUAGAGAUUUGGGUAUUCCAAUUGUGGCUUAUUCUCCUUUGGGAAGAGGUUACUUGACUGGUACCGUCAAAUCCAUGUCCGAUAUUCCCCAAGGGGAUAUCAGAAGGUAUCUUGGUCGUUUUAACAGUGAUGAGAUAUUGAAAGCUAACUUUUCCUUAGUGGAAUUGGUUGGAAAGAUGGCAAAGAAGAAGAAUGUUACUGAAGCUCAGAUUGCACUUGCAUGGAUAAGAAAGCAUAACCAAUUUCCCGAAAAAUACGCUACAUAUAUUCCUAUUCCGUCUGCUUCUACUGUCCUAAGAAUGAAGGAGAACUUGGAGGUGAUUGAAUUGACCGAUGAAGAGUUUGAUGAAUUGAAUAAGGGAAUUGAAGGAAUCGAGGUUAAAGGAUGGAGAUAUAAUGAAAUGGCAGAGCACUUCUUGGAAGUUUAA